AUGUCUCUAUCAGGAUCCGACAGCGGCGACACUAUCUUGGUUCGUGCAGAAGACGUCCGGGAUUUCAACCCUGGCAACAUACUCCCACUACCAGCAAAAGAUCUCGCCGACAUCACAAAAUGGCUCCAGCCAACUCCAUACGACUUCGAAAGAAGCGAAUACUCUAGACAUCGUGCAUCACGUCUACUCGGGACUGGUGCUUUGCUCACAUCAACCCAAGUCUAUCAGCAGUGGCACUCCGGUGAUGAUGGAUUACUGUGA